UUUAUAUUUCAGUAAUUGUGUUGAAUUAUUUCCACGUUUCAUUAAUAUCCACUGAUUAUUAUUGGCUGAGUUGUAAUUACACAGAGUGGUCAACUUAAUGUUUUCUCCGAAAUUGAAUUGUUUCAAGUUUUAUUGUAUCUUCAUUUUAUUGAAUACAUCUUUUACUCACUCUUCUAGCCUAAUGAUAAUAAUUUAAAAAUGUAAGAAAUACUACUAAUAAUUUUAUGGGGCUCAAUUUAUAUACGCGCGUAAGCAUAUAAACGUUUUUUUUCCAUUUCUAUUGUAGGAAACACUAAUUUUGAAAACUGGUCGCCUCAGUCCAUUAGAUGUGCGGGAAUAUGUGAGGAUCAUUUUAAUGAAAAAUCAUUUGCGACAAGCAUGAAAAAAAGAUUAAAACGGGAUGCUGUGCCAAUUCACUUCGAACACAAUGAUAAUUUUGCACAAAGUAAGCAAAGCAGACAAAACGAAAUAGAUAGAGCACCUCAAAACUCAGAUAAACAAAUUCAACCUAUGGAAGAAAAUGCCAUAUCACUCAUUACACCUACAACUUCUGCAACGGAUCCUAAUAUUCUGAUGGACGAGCAACCAGCAGAACGAUUACCACUUCGAACAUAUCAACCGUCAAAAUUACAUUUUGAUAUUUCUGAGGAGGAUGAUAUAAUGGAGUGGGUGUGUAUAGAGCCACCCGAAUCUGAAAGAAUUGACAUCCCGAUCCAGAUAAAAAGUCCUACUUUAUUUGAUAAAGAAAAACUUCUGGAUUUUGUCGUUUACGGAAAGCAGGUUGCAAUCUUCCUGGACAGCGAACAAUACGAAGAUGGCUAG